CCGCCCCACCCCCGCGGGCCGUGUUCCUGCUGCCGAGGCCACUUUCGGUUUCAUUUCCUGGUCUGCGAGGUCUCGUUAAGUUUCCCAUCCCAGAAGGAGCAUGGAGGAGGACCUCCGGCUCUGCACCAAUUGUGAAAGAAAAGUGCCCUCUACCUACUUCCUGCUCCACGAGGCUCACUGCCUGAGAUUUCGGGCCAUCUGUCCAGAAUGCAAGGAGGUCAUCCUGAAGAAGGACAUGAAGGACCAUCUAGAGAAUGGGCACAUGCAGGCCCAGUGCAACUUGUGUCUACAAAGCAUGCAGAAGUACCUGCUGGAAGCUCAUGAGGCUGUGUGCCCCCAGCGCCCCAUCGAAUGUGAAUUCUGUCGACGGGCUGUGCCACUGAGUGGCCUGGAAGAGCAUGAGUCCGGCUGCGGGGGCCCGUCAGUGCCCUCUCUCAGCAGCAAGCAGUCUGACCCGUCUGCGCCGCUGGCCCCUCUGGAAGGCCCCUGCGCAGACAAGCCCAGCAAAGCUCCCGGCCAGAAAGCCAGCUUCCUGGAGUGCAAGCGAGAGGCCUCGGAAGCAGAGCUCCCCCAGCACCAGGCCGAAUGCCGCCAGUUCACGGAGCUGAGGGGAUCCUUUCAUGCCUUCUUGCUGAAGAAGCCAGAGCGGCCUUCUCCAGGCCCGGGGGAUCUAGAUACAGCUCAGGCGUCUACAGGAGAGAGGGUCGUCCGCCCAAAGAAGAAAGAAAGUCACACGGACAAAACAGCUCUGAGCUCCAGGGCCACCCAGAUCAAGAAGGAAGAGUAUGAUGUUCUGGAAAGCUGCUCCUUUUGCCACAUCCUGCUUCCCCUACCUGUACUGAAGCAGCACGAGGAGAAAUGCCAACUUUUGGCUUCUCAACAAUGGAAGAUUCUGAAAUAGAGGAUUCCUGAAGGAUCUGGACAACCCCAGAGCUGGAGGGAGGAGGUUCUCUGAAGAUCCCCAUCAUUUUCUCUUUGUCUACCUGCCUUCCUGGGCCUCAUCCUGUAUUUUCCAUUGGACUUUGUUUUUGAGAGAAAAGCCCUCGCACAUAACUGGUGAUACCAUAAGCAAAUUAAGAGAGCAUAGAAUAUUUUAUCUGACAGAUUUAUGGGUAGGGGAAGAAGUCAGAUCCAAAAAAGAUAUUGAGAACAUUACAAAAUGUAAAGUAGAUUAUUCUGAUUAUAUAAAAUUUUAAAGUUUUUGCACAAACAAAACCAAUGCAACCCAAAUCAUAAGGAGAGCAGAAAGCUGAGAGGAAAUUUUUGCAACAAGUGUCUGUGAUAAGGCCUCAUUUCUCAAAUAUAUAGAAAACUGAGUCAAAUUCAUUAAAAUAUGAAGUCAUUUCUCAAUUGACAAAUGAUCAAAGGCUACAAACAGGCAGUUUUCAGGCAAACUAUCUAUAGUCAUAUGAAAAAAUAACUACUGAUCCUCGAGAAAUGCACAUUAAAACAGCUCUGAGGUGCCACCUCACAUCAAUCAGAUUAGCUCAUAUGACAAAAAAGAAAAAUGUGAGAUGUUGGAAGGGAUGGGGAAAACUGGGACACUUAUGCACUGUUAGUGGAGUUGUGGAUUUGUCCAACCAUUCUGGAGAACAACUUGGAACUAAGCCCAAAGGGCCAUAAAACCAAGCAUUCACUCUGCCCAACAAUACCGAGUGCUAGCAAAGACCCCCGCCCCCCCCCCCUAUAUUUAACACAAAUAUAGCGACAGCACUUAUUUUUUGUGGUGGCUAAGAUUUGGGGAGUGGUUAAGCAGGUUGUGGUAUAUGAUUGUAAUGGCAUAUUAUGGUGCUAUAAAAAUGACGGAAAAACCUGCAGAGACUUACAGCCGCCAACCGAUGCAAAGGGAGAGGAAGAGAACCCGGAAAUGUGGAACAUUGCCAGUAACAGCCUGAUGGAGGACUCUGAAUGACUUAGCUGUUCUCAGCACCACACUGGUCAAGGACAAGCCCAAAGGCCUCAUGAUGAGCUCACUAUCUGCCUCUAGAGAAGAAUCCAUCUGGAUCGAACACAGAUCCCUUUCAUUCUUUUCUUCUUGUAAAACACGGAGCAUGUCUCUCGGGGAAUAAAGUGGAACUGUUUCACAGAA